GUGCACCAACAUCUGUCCGCAAGUAUUCGUCAGAUAGGCUAAGCCUUCAUCGCAAACUCGGCUCUUUGCUGCCUGCCUAUAGGCGAAGUGUAAUGUACAGUACGCAGUUAUGCAAACGGCCCUCCUAUUCGCUUGCUGUUGGUGACGCAUUGGAGUUUUGACUGAUACGCACGCUCACAGUCGAUCGCCGCUGCUAUAGAGUGCCCGGACUGGCACCAACUUUUCCUGCUGUCACUCUGCAACUAUGACUUUUGCGUAAUCGUCCGCCAGGGAACGGGAUCCUUGCAGGAUCCUGGAAGCGAAGGGAAGGACAGAAGUUGCCUAUAGUGCUGGGGCGGGGAAAAACGCAGCAGAGACAAUCAAGUGAUUUUAAGAUUUGUUUUUUUUUUCUUUGUCAGAAUUACAAGUCCAGAAUCACUUGCGGUAACCCGGCGGUGGACGCCCCAAAGCAGGGAAUGGUCUCAAAGAUGAGUCUAAUGUCUGCCUUAGACACAAGUGCCUCUGUUUACCAACCGGCGCAACUUUUAAACUGGGUUUACCUCUCUUUACAAGACACCCACCAGACUAGUGCCUUUGAUGCUUUCAGACCAGAAUCCAACUCUUCCCAUCCGGACCAGAACUACAACAACAAGCAGCCGCUUAAUGAUGUCAACUCGUCAUCGCUCAACUCCAACUAUCUCAACAACUUCUUGCAUCUUCAGAGGAUCGAGGGCUUGAAUAAUGGUGUAUACAAGAACACCUCUCCCUAUGGCUCCCUCAAUAACAUCGUAGAGGGCCUGAACUCCCUGACGGACCACUUCUCGGACCUCUCCCUCUCAUCUGAACCUCGGAAGCCCAGCAAGCGACCACCGCCCAACUACCUAUGCCACCUCUGCUUCAACAAGGGACACUAUAUCAAAGACUGCCCACAGGCUCGCCCCAAAGGAGAGGGCCUGACGCCAUACCAGGGGAAGAAGCGAUGCUUUGGAGAGUACAAGUGCCCCAAAUGCAAGAGGAAGUGGAUGAGUGGCAACUCCUGGGCCAACAUGGGCCAAGAAUGCAUCAAGUGCCACAUCAACGUUUACCCUCACAAGCAGCGGCCAUUGGAAAAGCCUGACGGACUAGAUGUGUCUGACCAAAGCAAGGAGCAUCCCCAGCACCUGUGUGAGAAGUGCAAGGUUCUGGGCUACUACUGCCGGCGGGUGCAGUGACCUCUCUAGCCAGACCUCCCCUGACCAACCUCUACUACCCACAGGCAACAGCGACUGUUUUACUGUUUAGAUGGCGGUUCAGUUCAUUCACUUGUUAAUUCAGCUUUAAUUCAUCACCUUGAUUUGUGUGCAGUUUAUGUGUGUGCAGAAAUUAUGGUAGCACUACCUACAACCCCCCCCAACACGCAGACAGACAUAUAUGCAACACAUAUACAUGCCAAACACACACACACACAGUCAGCAGGAAUGAAGUAGGCCAUAAUAGUGUUUUCUCACUUACUUUGUUUACAAGAUCACUCCUCCCACUUAUCUUUAACCUAGUGAAGGUGAAGGCCAUGUAUAUACUAAGUGCUAUAAUGGGUCACAAGAUGCCUUCACACAGACAUUGGGUCAGUAGCACAUCUUUUCAACUGUGAAUCCAGAAAGAAGGGAGAAUGCAGAAUCAGUCUCCUCUAUGCAUGAUGGAACAGAUAUUUAUUAAGUGGUCUCUUUCUGAACUUAAGACCUUCAUUUUGUGCAAUUGCAUUGUUUUUAACCAGAUGUAUAUCUAUUUUUAACCAUCUAAAUAGGUCUUUAGAAACUACUGUAGAUUGAAGACUUUGUAGGCUGGGCAAAUUAUAUAGGGUACGUUAAAUGUAAGGAAUUUGAUAUACUCUCUUAGUGUACCCAAAGGCUUUCAUAUACGAUAUUGUAUGUUUGCAUCCCUUUCUGAACCAUACAGAGAUCUUAGUAUAGAAAUCAUAAUCACAUGUUCUUGUGCAAUAUUCCUAAGGGUUUCUAAGGUAACUCAUAAGGCAGGUCAGCCGCAGGACAAAAAUAGUGUGCAUUUAAAUGUAAAUUCCCCCCCCCAACAGAUGAGAACUCAACAAAUAUUCAACAUUAGUAUGUCCGUCAUUGUAAUGACACAACGAGAACUGCUCACAUUCCCUUAAUUGUUAGAAGGUAGCUGUUUGGGAUGCAUUAUUGGAAUCAACUAAACCAUUCUUACAUCAUAAACGAGUAGUAUUUCAACAUUAACAAUAGGUCGAACCACUUUCUCUACUACAUGCAUCCUGAGCGAAAUAAUAACGUCUGUCCUCGGCCCUAUGUGGGUCUUUUACCAAAAAAAGACAGUCCUAGCAUACUAUUUGCAUGUGCUUCACUGGCAUUGUGUUAAACCUAGAAACUGUCUGAAUGCAGACUAAUUCAUUUCAACCCUCAGCAGGGGGUUAUUCAAAGUAUAUGGUUUAGAGACAAACCUGGGUUAGGUUAACUAGUGAUACAUCUCUUUAAAAAAGAAUGACAAUGCCAUCACUAUGGCUUUGUUUUGUUAUAGUUAGCUUGCUUUGGAGCCAUGGGGCUCAAAGUUAACCUAACCAAGUAUGUCACUAAACAAGGUUCUUGAAACACUUCCAUGCCAGUUUUCUAUCACUUAAUGUGUUGGCUAGCCCAAUUCCUAUGCCCUCAAAGAGAGAUAAAUGUCUAGGCUCUCUUCUACGUGUUUGAUUGGUUUUUACUUAAAUAUGAUGAAAUCUACCUGUUCUUCCUGAGAUUUUAAUAAGGCCAUUAAGGCAUUCUUUCAGUCUUUGUGACACAAAUUGUAGCUUUUAAGUAGCACAUAUACUUGACUAUGGAUUGGUUUUAUGUACCAAAAUCAAAGCUGUAUAUUUUUUGUUUUUUUUAUAACAAAGUUUUGGCAUUUCUAGACAGGAAGAGAAAAAUGGUUUAUUCCCUAGUUAAGGUGGUAUUGCACAUGUCUGUAUAUAUUUGAUAACUGCCAUUUAAGGCAUUUUGUAUUUCAUCAAUAGUUUAAAGCUUGUUUCUUUGGUUGUUACCAGAAACAUGGGAGUUUUAAGUAUCUCACAAUCUCGGAGGUAUCUUACAGGAAAUAUUUAUAAGGAUUUUGUUUUUACACCAAUUGUAUCUGUAUAAAAUAUGCUACAGUACAUUACGAUGUGAAGUCUAGAUGUCUACAGAAAUGGUAUACACAUCUUUCACUCAUUCUGUAGAGAUAUGGUUGAGUUGUUAUGAUUUCCUGAAGAGUAUAUUAUCAGUAUUAAUUAACCAGUUUGUGUUCCAAGUGCCUGUUAUUAGUAAAAUAUGUUUGUGUGUAUUUUGAAACAUAUAUAAUCAUUUGUAAGAUUCCUAAAAAAAAAAAUUACAUUGUUGGCAUUUUUAAUACUCUUUUCUUAUUAAUCUGAUCAGAGGUUGAACAACAAUGACUACGCAUUGAUGAGCAAUAACUGUUGAACAAAAUUAAUAUUACUUUGUCUUAACAUCAUCAGGGAAAGCAUUUUAUCAGACGAGAGGUUUGUUAUGUCAUGCAUGCAAUGCUAUUUCUAGCAUUAUAUCCCAGUUAUGGUUAUGUUACAUGUGUCUAUAAAGGAUGUUUGUUGUGAGAAAAGGGAAAAUAACUCAAUGCAUUAUAACCAGUUUGAUCAUGAAGCUGUAUUUUUCCUGCCAAUGUAUUAUUGUACAAAUUUGUUCAUACUGAAACCUAAUAAUUAUAGGGAUUACUAUCUUUACUCAUUAGGAUAGCACUAAAUGAAAACGUCCAUAUUGGUAAGGAAUGUCCAUGAGGAGGAAUGAACUACAGCUAAUACCAAAGUUUCUGUGUUUGUAAUCCUUUUCACUUUUUCCAUAUUAUGUUUGAACGUCUGUAAAAACAUGGGCGGAACUCACAAGUCUGUGAUUUUUGGGAAAUAAAAAGACUUAAUGAAUCCAGGAGAUGAAACAACCCUGGCCACAUGAAGUUUAUCAGCAACACACACACACAAGCGAGUCAAAUUCAAGAGGAAUAUAUAUCAAACCAUGGAGAUGACCGUUGUCAAAAAGGUUUUUAGGAGUGGGAAGAUUCUAUGUAGGUGUAUGCCAUGGGAGAGAUCAUCUAUGGCUCUGAAAUAGCAGGGUUGGAGAACGAAACUAUGUACCUUGUAUGGUGUUUUAUGUAUUUUUAAUAUGCGUGACCAGCAUUUGAAGGCAGAUGAAAUAAUCAAUGUGACAAGUUAUAUAUAAAAAAAGGUUAGAAAUCUUUGUGCAAGACCUCCUUUUCUUUUCCCUUACUGACACCUACAUGUCAUAGUUGUUGAUAAGUAGAGCUGUGCUGGAUCUCUUGACACCUCACAUAGUGAAAAAAGCUCUGCCUACUGAUUAGAG